UAUAUAAUGCUAUAUACGCUAUAAGAAGUGUAACAAACUGUGCAAAUAUUCUAAGAGUAGGUUUAAGAAUUAUGUGUGUUUGAACAUAGAGCUUAAAGUAAAUCGAAGUUAAUAUUGACGCAAGCUCUCGUAUCCAAUUAACGCGUUCAAAUAAUCAUUUUGAGGACCAAUCAACGUGCUCUGAUGGUCACGUUUUAACGACGAAUCACAAAGCUCAUACGAGUGCAGUUCUACUAUCUUAAUAAAACGUCUAAGGACAAAUAAUUUUACGUUUAUAUUUAUAAUCGUUUCUCGUUACCAUAUCUGUUUUCUUACUUGUUCAUUAUUCCAUUGUAAUUGAUUGAUUAAGUGAUCGAUAAUUUAUCCGAAUUGACUAUAAGAAGUAUUGUUAUUCCCUUAGUGUAUAUUCAAACAAAACAUAGGGAAGUUAUUGGGUAAAAGUCCCGCAGAUUUAUAUGCAUUUUUAAAAGUACUUAUUAUUUGUAAAUGAAUGGAAGAAUUUGAAAUUGCAUUACUUUCACUAAUAUAAUUUUUUAAUAACUUACUAUAUAUCAUCAAAUUUUAAAAUGGAUGUUCAACUGAGAAAUUUUCGAGAUUUUCUUCUCGUAUUCAAUCAAAUAUCGGAGACUUGUUUCAGGAGAUGUGCCAAUACAUUUCUUACUAGAGAUAUAACUUCUAAUGAGGAUUUAUGUAUUAAAAAUUGUACAGAAAAGCAUGUGAAUGCAAAUCACAAAAUUAUGGAGUUGUAUGUGGAAAUCCAACCUGUUUUAGUUCGUAAGAGAAUAGAAGAAAUGAAUGAUACCCAAGCUGCAAUAAUGGCACAAUCAAAAGAUAAACAAGAAGUAGGAACAACUGUAUCAUAAAUUAAUUAUAAUGUUUUUUUUUCGAAUAUACAAUUGAUUUCUUUAUUUA